CACACACCUUUGUUAUUUUUAAAUUCUAAAUACGUUACUUUUGGUGUACACUACAUCAAGUUAGUUUAAAUGUUUCUACAUUUAAAAGGAAACUAGAAGGCUUUGUAAAUUAAUUCUUUCUUGAUAUAUAUUAUAUAUAUUACCACCGAACCAUUCUGGAAUCAUAUAUUUCGUAAAGAAAAUCCAAAUAUGAAUAUCGAUUUAAAACUACUUGUGCGACUCCUGCUCGCCAUACUAUUGGGGUCCUUGAUAUCGACGGUUUUCCUGGGCAAGCACAUACACAUAAUGAAAUCGGUAAAUAAGCACAACAACAAGUCAAAGGAUAUUCAUUCGGAAAUUGAGAUACGGAAAAAUAUUCCGCAAGAGAUUCAUUUAGAGUCCCCACUAGUGGUUUCCUCAGAUAUCUCUACUAGUUAUUAUACCGAGGACCUGAUAACGACCGAAAAAGCUGAACGUUUCAACAGCAUGAGCAGAAACAAAUUCGAGCACUUGAAAGUGAGUAGAGGGGGUUUGUUCCGCCUGCUGAAGCACACUGGCACUCUAAAGGAUUGGCACAACCAAUAUGCCAUGCUCCGGGACAGACACCGGAAGGGGCUUGGCGAAAUUGGAAGGGCGGCUAUCAUUGCGAAGAUAAACGACGCCGGAAAGACGCUUCUUGGGCUCCACGGCUUCCAAGCUGUGGUGUCCGAUUUGAUCUCCGUAAAUCGAUCUUUGCCGGAUGUGAGACCACGGAGAUGCAAUAAGGUCAAAUACCAGAAAAAACUACCCAAUGCCACCGUGGUCAUCGCUUUCCACAACGAACACCUGAGUGUGCUGCUGCGAUCUAUACACAGUCUCGUAAAUCGUUCUCCUCCGGAGCUUCUUGGUGAGAUUAUCUUGGUGGAUGAUGCCAGUAAUUUGGCAGACUUGGGACAAAAACUUGAUGACUAUGUGGCGCAGACAUUUGGAAAAAUAGUAAGCUUGGUAAGACUUUCCGAGAGAAGUGGUCUAAUUAAGGCGAGGAUGGUGGGAGCCAAAAAAGCCAGCUGCCAGGUUUUGAUCUUCCUGGAUUCCCACAUUGAAGCCACUUACAAUUGGCUACCCCCUCUCCUGGAUCCCAUUGCCAUUCAUCGUACCAUUGCCACAGGACCCAUUGUGGACGCAAUUUCCCGCGAAACCUUUGCUUAUGAGAUGGGAUCCCAACUCACUCGUUCUGGCUUCAAUUGGCGUCUCCAUGUGAAGCAUUUGCCGCCCCUUCCAGAAGACACUCUGAGGCCGUCCUCGCCCUAUCGCACUCCCUUGCUGGUGGGCGCCUUGGUCAUCGAUAGGGAAUACUGGGAUCUUGGCGGCUACGAUGAGGAGCUGGACAUCUGGGGCGGGGAGUAUCUAGAGAUGAGCUUUAAGAUUUGGAUGUGCGGCGGCAUGCUGCUCUAUAUACCCUGCUCCAGGGUAGCGCAUAUCUCGAGGGGACCCGUGCUCAAGCGAUCGAAUCCAAGGAACUACAACUUUCUGGGAAGGAACUACAAGCGCGUGGCUGAGGUCUGGAUGGAUGACUACAAGAGAUUCGUUUACGAACGAAAUCCGGAACUCUUCCAAGACGUGGAUGCUGGCAAUAUGACCGCCGUGAAGGAUCAGAGGAAACAGCUGAAAUGCAAGUCCUUCGAUUGGUACAUGACCAAGGUGGCUCCCGAUUUUCUGGCCAAGUUUCCCCCCGUCGAGUCACUGCCCCUGGCCUCGGGUGUGAUCCAGAGCGUGGCCCAUCCUGCCCUUUGCAUGGACACCCUCGAGAGGGAGCACAAUCAGCCGCUGGGCCUGGCACGCUGCACUAAUCCGCCGGGCAAGUACCAGGACUGGACUUUCACCAAAGAUCAUGAAAUCCGUCUGAAGACGGGCAAUGCCUGCCUGGAGGAGGGCGGAUCGAAGGGCUAUAAUGUCGCUGUUAAGUUGUAUCACUGCCACAGUCUGGGCGGGAAUCAGUUUUGGUUUUAUAAUCCAAAGUUGAAAUGGAUCCAGCAGGGUGAACAGUGGUACCGCUGCCUAGAGGCCAUUCCUCCAAUCGGAUCAAAUCCUGGCCAAGUGGUGUCCAAUAAUUGCGAUAAGAGCAACGUACUGCAGAGAUGGAACUUUGGUAGUGCCUAAGAGACGUUUACCUUCAUCAAAUUAAAAAAAAAAAUGUUUAAUGUAGUAUUAUAUUUAAUACUUUGAAUAAAAACAUUCCGAACCUAA